UGGAUGCAUUCAUGGAAACUGCAUUAUGGGACGACGUGAUGAAGUCAUUAAGAAGCUUACAGACGUUGGGGCAGAUUAGAUUUUGCUCUUCUAAUCCAACAGAUUAUCACUGCACACAACUCUACUUACCAGUAGGGCUUUACAUUUCAACACAAUUCUCUGCAUUCUUACCUGCAAAACAUUUCAACGAGGACAAAAUCUUUUACAAAGUCUGCAGGAAAUGGAUUGACCACGAAUGGGAUUUAUGUCAUGUGGCAAAGCAUUUCCAUGAUAAUUUUAUUAGAGUCCAUGUGGAUGCCGUGCUUUAGAAAAUACUACACGCUUUCACUAAUGGAUACAAGUGCUCAUCGGUUUGGCAGCUGAGCAGCAGUUUCUACAAACCUGGUGUGUGGUGUGUGCUGGGAAGACAUUCAGCACUUAUAAGAAGAGAUAAAUGGUAUCCUUAGCACCGUGUGGGGACAUGGAACCAGAAGCGAAAGAAGCAGAGGAGACAACGUUCGAGUCGGAGAUGUUUGUAAACACAGUUAGUGACAAACAGGAGGUGAAGAGUGAAGAAGCUAUUUUGCAGCCUUGGCAGGUGUUUCAAGAACCAACCAUGGAGUUGCAGAGAAUGAAUAUCACUGGAAAGGAGGAUGGGAACAAAACAGUAGAAGUAAAAAAGGAUGAAGAAGGUACUGAGACAAAAAAUGAAAUGGAUAAUAAAGUGACAGAAGGGAUGAAGUGUGUUGAAAACUUAAGCAACAUGCCAACAGACGCAAAUGACUCAAGCAGCAACCCAACCAAUGAGCCCAUCUCCUCAAAUUCUCACACCAGCCCACCUGAGAACAAAGAAUCAGACAUAGAAGACUGCAGAAAACUGACAAAGACUCCCAGCUUUGGGAAAACAGUUCGUUUUAAGGAAAUUGAAGCAGUGGAAGAAAGGGACAGCUCAGUGGACAAUCUUUUUCCAGACUUUGAGACAGAAGAGUGGACCACCACCAGCUUUGAAAAGAUGUUUCUGGCAGAUGACUGGAAGGACAUUACAGAUGACCGUCUGCUAAGGAAGAAGGUGUUACAGGCCAGUCCUGAGAAUGCCCUGACCCCGGCUUGGGGUCAGGAGGUCACACUGAAAAUGCAGGGUGUGCUGGAGGAUAGGACUGUGGUGGAGAAAGACUGCAAGUUGGUCUUCGUUAUCGGAGAGGGAGAUGUCAACCAGGCCCUGGAAGAGUGCACCAUUUCAAUGAAGCAAGGGGAGAUCGCUUUACUGCUUGCAGAUUCACAAUACACCUAUGGACACCUGGGAAGGGAGCCUGAUAUACCAGCCUGGGCUCCUCUCCUGUAUCAACUGGAACUCCUAGACUUCAGAGAAAAGCUUGAACCCCUUUCACUGCCAAUCCCUGACCGAAUCCGCAUCGGCAACCAGAAACGAGAGCGAGGCAACUUCUACUUCCAGAGGGAGGAGUACGGCAUGGCAGCCCAGGCUUACUGCAUGGCUUUAGACAUGCUUACGACACACACAAAUGACAGUCAGAGGUGUGCAUCAGAGGAGGAAGACGAGGAGGUGAAAGACUACCGGGUAAAAUGUCUGAAUAACCUGGCAGCAGCACAGCUGAAGCUUGGACAGGUUGAUGAGGCUCUGCACACCAGUCGAGAUGUGCUGUUUCUGGAUCCCCAGAAUGUCAAAGCGUUAUUCAGGAAAGGGAAGCUUUUAUCAGACAAGGGUGAGUAUGAGGAGGCCAUGGAGACCCUGAAGAAGGCUUUGAAACUGGAGCCGUCCACUAAGGCCAUUCAUGCUGAACUGUCCAAGUUAGUAAAAAGACAGGCUGGGGAAAAUGAGACCCAGAAUUGGCAAGCUAAACCAGCUCAAGUGUUCGGCGAAAACAUAGCACCAUUUCUGACACGUCCCCCCGAGAAGAAGCUGUUUGGAAUUUCUUGGAAGUUUCUGCUUGGAGCUCUGGUGGUGGCCUUGGGCAGUUUAGUCACAUCUGUGGUCCUGUCCGCACGGAACUAGCUCUCUCGACCUACUUGCAAAUUAAGUCUCACAAAAGGUGAAAAAAAAUGCACUGAACUGUUUAAAGAGCAGCUAUGUGGGAUGUUCUA